UCGUAAACAAUGUUGUUUGAUGGUUUGUUUAUUACUUCCUCACAAAGCUUUUGAUUUUUAUAAAAAAAUUUCUUUAGCCAAGCAUUUUCAAAAAAGUUUAUACCAAAUGGAGACCCCUAAUUUCGCUCACGUGUGGAAUAUUGUGACUAGAAUGCUUAAAAAAAGGACAACCUUUGAUGAUGAGUUAGCAAGACCUAAUCAAGCACAAUACAUUGAGGCUCUUGCUACUCUUCAUCAAUGUGGAAUGACAGCAAUGGUGAGAGAUUGGUUUCUUGCUACUUUUAAAGAAGAUAUGCAAAGUAACGUAGUUCCAGAAUUUUGGAAGACAUUUGAAAAUUGUCCUCGUGGGAAGUUCUGGAAAUUCCCUGAUGCUUUAGCUUAUCUUAAUGAACAGAUUGAAUCAUAUUAUUUCUGCUUGGAAGAAAUUGAAGCACUCCAACAAGGUUUAGAGCAACUUUCACAAACUAAUCCUGACAUUAUGGACAAAAUAAAAUAUGUCAGAGGUACUGUUAAAUCAGAUCUUUUAAUCAUAGCUAGAUCUCUUGCAUUUGCUCAUUGGCCAGUUGAUUUCAGAGCUGUUCUUGUGGAUUACUAUAACCAAUCAUUCAAGGCAUAUCAAUCAAAAUUUAAGCAUAUAAAAGAAGAAACACAGUCGUUACAGUGUACUGCUUGCAUUUCUGAAGGUGGCGAAUGCAAUUGUGAGAAAUUUUUGGCAGAGUUUUAUAUCACAAAUCAUCGAUUGCAUGAAUUAAAUUUUUUUCAACUGGUCGUGGGAGAUGUUCCUAUAAAUGUUGCUCAAGAUGUUGUUGAGCUAUAUAUUCGUGAUUUUUGUAAAGGAAAUUUUGAAAUUCCUCUUCUUAGUGCUGUGAAAAUUUGGCUUGAAACAACUGUUAUAAGUUGGUUAUCUUCAUUUCAUUGGGAUAGUGCUCCUAAUAUUGAAGAAUUAGUUCGUGAACACAAAAAUCGCCUGUUUCACAUCUUGUAUGAAGCAUUUGCUGAUGUUCGAGUUGAUCAACUAUUUGAUAUAAUAAUUGAAUUUCCUGAAUCUCAUGCUGCCUUAGAAGACUUGAAAGAAUGUCUGGAAAUAACUAAUCUACGACCAAGACUCAUAAGUACUUUAAAGUCAUCUUUAGAAAAUCGUUUACUUCAUCCUGGGGUAAAUACAUCUGACAUUCUUACUGCUUACAUUUCUGCAAUAAAAGCUUUGAGAGUUUUGGAUCAAACUGGAGUUGUUCUACAAGUUGUUAGUGAGCCAGUUUGCAAGUAUUUGAGAUCAAGAGAAGAUACUGUUCGAUGCAUAAUUUCUAGUCUUCGAGAGGACAGUUGUGGUGAAUUGGCUUGUGAAUUACUCAAAGGUGUACCAUUGAAAUUAGAAGAUAAUUUUCCCAUGGAUGAAGAAAUGGAUGAUUGGCAGAAAUGGUGUCCAGAUCCAGUUGAUGCUGAUCCAGCAAAAUCAACUGAAAGCCAAAGAUCAUCCGAUAUCAUUGGAAUACUAGUGAAUAUUUAUGGAAGCAAAGAGCUAUUUGUGAAUGAAUAUAGAAGCUUGUUGGCUGAUAGAAUUCUUACUACAUUUUCGUAUGACACUGAAAAAGAGAUUCGCUAUUUAGAACUUCUGAAAUUGAGGUUUGGUGAAUCACAGCUGCAUUUCUGUGAAGUAAUGUUGAAGGAUAUAGCAGAUUCCAAGCGACUGAAUUCUCACUUGAACUCUGGGGAAGUAAAGGAUUAUGAGCCAGGUGAUUUUCCAAUAAAUACAAUGAUACUUUCUGCACAGUUUUGGCCGUCAUUUAAAGAAGAAAAGCUGAAAUUGCCAGAUUAUAUUUGGCAAAAUUUAAAAAAGUAUACAACAGCAUUUGAAGCAUUAAAGGGAAACAGAACACUCAUGUGGAAGCCACAUUUGGGCUUAGUUGAUUUAGAAAUUGAACUGAAGGGAAGAAUUCUCAAUGUCAGUGUUAGUCCAGUACAUGCUACAAUUUUGUGUCAUUUUAGUGAUAAACCUAAAUGGACCAUUAAUGAAUUGAGUUCUGAAAUGCAAAUGCAAGCAUCAGUUUUACGACGUAAAAUUACUCUUUGGCAAAGUCAUGGAGUUCUUCAAGAAGCAGAACCUGAUGUUUUCGUUCUUACAGAAGACCAGAAAAGCAACAAAUGUGAUUCCAUUGUCAUGAUUGAAGAUGAAGAAGAAUCUGUAACUGCUUCUUCUCAAGAUAUGAAAGAAGAAGAAUUGCAGACUUUCUGGUCUUUUAUUGUUGGUAUGCUCACCAACAUGGAGUCUUUACCUCUUGAGCGUAUUCACAGUAUGCUCCGAAUGUUUACUGUUCAAGGCUCCAGCACAAAUGAAUGCUCCAUUCAAGAUAUGAAACAAUUCUUGGAAAAGAAAGUAAAGGAAAGACAGUUAGUUUAUUCAGCCGGGAUGUUCAAACUUCCAAAAUUUGAUUCAUAAAUUCUACUUAUAGCAAUGGGAUGUAUAUAAUGUAUUAUAAUUUUUGAAAGUGUUUUAUGUAAUUUGUUAAUUUUUUAGAUGAAUAAAUGAACUUAUGUAAAUGA